CCAGUCCACACGUGACCCGAUAUCGCCUUCCUAACUCCUUCUAGAGGAACCGGAACGGGGCCGCAAAAGUCAACGCGCCCCGAAGCAUCGCCUCGGUCGCAUGGAAGACCGACGGCUUCUCUGUAUUCCUUGGUCUUCGGUCUGAAAGUUCUUCAGGCCCCCCAGCCAGCCAGAGAGCGAGAGAGAGAGCUAGACGUUGUUUGAUCGUUUUGGAUUGAGGGAACUCGGGAAGCUGAUAGCUUGCGGCGUAAUUCUCAAAGGGUCGGAUCAUCAGGAGCGGGAGAAGGUCCGGGAUGGAUCAGAUAAUGAACAAGGUGGGGUCGUACUGGUUUAGCCAGAAGGCUAACAAGGAGAUCGAUUCCGUCGGCGACGAUUUCACCUCAAUGUCAAGCAGCCUCGAAAGUGGAACUAAAUGGUUGGUCAACAAACUGAAAGGAAAGAUGCAAAAGCCAUUGCCGGAUCUUCUGAAGGAAUAUGAUUUACCAAUAGGGAUCUUCCCUCGUGAUGCUACCAAUUAUGAGUUCGAUGAGGAGACCGGAAAGUUCACUGUCUUCAUUCCGUCAGUUUGUGAAGUAGGCUACAGAGACUCCUCUGUUUUACGUUUUUCCACCACGGUGACCGGCAUUUUAACUAAAGGGAAGCUGGCGGAUGUAGAAGGGAUGAAGACGAAGGUGAUGAUUUGGGUGAAGGUGACGUCAAUUUCUUCUGAAGCAUCGAAGCUUCACUUCACUGCUGGUUUGAAGAAAACGAGAAGCAGAGAAGUUUAUGAAGUUAUUAGGGCUGGGUUUACAGUAGAUAAGUUUUGAGGUCUUCUGCGUUUGUGUUGAAGAUCUUGGCGACUUGGUCUUGUAUUAUAGAGCUUCUGACAUAACACGCCGUGCACUUUAUGAUUGCUCGAUGUAAGCAUUCGAAUCAUUCCUCAUAGUUAGAGUCAAUAAUAUCUGUGUGAUCUGGAAGUUGCUAUAGCUUCUGGAGUUUUACUUGCUGUUCAAAUCAAUAACCAUGUGUAAAUGUCAAGAGUUAACUCGCUGUUGAGAAUAGCUUCUGAUGCUAUGCAACUCCAGGAUGUUAUGAAA